CUAAGACAGCCAUCUUCAAGUGACUUGAUCCCAUCACCUUCUCCAAGAUCAAGCAUCUCAAGAUUGCCAUGGAGAUAUGGAAAGGCCAUGGGAAGCUGUAUGAAGGAUCAGAGGAUCUAAGAAAGUAGAAGAUUGAAGUACUACUUGAGAAAUUCAAGAACUUCAAAAUGCUUCCCGGUGAGUCAUUUGACUUGUUGGAUGAAAUAUUCCACAAGAUUUUAAAUAAUCUUGCAUCACUUAACCAUGUUCUUUCUCCCAAAGAAAAGAACGUAAGGUUGCUUAGGUCUCUUCCAGCUGAGUGGUACACCAAGGCCACAACGAUGGAAGAAGGAAGAAAGCUGGACAACUACAUCGUCCAAGGACUCCUAGACGAGCUCAAGACCUAUGAGCACGAGCUGGAGAAGAAGAAGAAAGAAGAACAAGCCCUUCCUUACCCCACAGCGAAGAUGACCAAUGUCAGAGUCACAGCAAGUGAAGGGACGUGUCAAAAGAGUUGUGACACUCCCUUCACCAGCCAACAACCAAGCUCAAAGGCGGAGAACUUCGAAGAGGAAUUUUCCAUGAUGGUGAAGCAAUUCCGGAAGUUCAAAAAGUUCUUCAAAAAGACUGACUCCACAAGAAGGAUAUCCAAGGGAAAGCUACAGGUAAGUAACUCUCCCCUCGAAACUUAUUUGUGUUACAACUGCAGAAAGCCUGAACAUUGGAAGUCAGCAUGUCUGUACCCAACGGUGGAAAAGUACGGAGAAGGAGAAAGGAACGAAAAGAAGAAGGCAAUGGUAGUAGCUGAGAGUGAUGAGUCAUCCAGUUCCAGCUCAGAUGAGGAAGCCCUCGUCUGCAUGGAGGGCAUAACUAAAAAAUCCAACCAUGAAUACUGUUGGACAAUUCCAGAUGGUGUUGAGGCAUUGUGCUCUGAUCUCGGGGUAGAUCAUACUGAUGUCAGGAUUUUGAUGCUUGCUUGGUAUGAUGAGUGGCACUUAGGUUUGAAAGGUCUUCAAGCUGAUUCCAUUGCUAAAUUAAAGAAAGCUCUACCCAAAUUGGAAGCCGAGGUCAUGAUGCCUGCUAAUUUUGAGGAUUUUUACACUUUUGCAUUUCGCUACUGCCUAACAGAAGACAAACAAAAAUGCUUAGAUAUCGACAGCAUAUGUAUAUUGAUAGAUCUUAUUCUUGGAUCACAGUUCCGGGCUCAAGUUGACUCAUUCACUGAAUAUCUUAAGGAAAACAUUGGAAUGGAGGAGGUGUUCGAGAGGCUGAAAUGCAAGAGAGAGGGGCUGACGGAGGGAGAGGCGGAGGAGAGGCUGGUCAUAUUCGGGGCGAACAAGCUGGAGGAGAUCAAGGAGAGCAAACUCCUCAAGUUCCUCGGCUUCAUGUGGAACCCUCUCUCCUGGGUCAUGGAGGCCGCCGCCAUUAUGGCCAUUGCCUUGGCUAACGGAGGAGGGAAGGGCGCGGACUGGCAAGAUUUCGUCGGAAUCGUAGUGCUGCUCAUCAUAAACUCCACAAUUAGUUACAUCGAAGAAGACAACGCUGGAAACGCGGCGGCGGCUCUCAUGGCGAAUCUGGCGCCGAAAACAAAGGUGCUGCGAGGGGGAAACUGGAGCGAGCGGGACGCCGCAAUCCUGGUCCCCGGCGACAUCAUCAGCAUCAAGCUCGGGGACAUCGUUCCGGCCGACGCCCGCCUCCUCGAAGGGGACUCCCUGAAGAUCGACCAGGCUGCUCUCACCGGCGAGUCCUUGCCCGUCACUAAGAGCCCCGGCGAUGUCGCCUUCUCCGGCUCCACCGUCAAGCAGGGUGAGCUCGAGGCCGUCGUCAUCGCCACCGGCGUCCACACCUUCUUCGGAAAGGCUGCUCAUCUUGUUGACGCCACUAAUAACGUUGGUCACUUCCAGAAGGUGUUGACUGCCAUUGGGAAUUUCUGUAUCUGCUCAAUUGGCAUCGGAGUAUUGAUUGAGAUUGUGGUGAUGUUCCCAGUACAGCACAGGAACUAUAGGGAGGGCAUAGACAAUCUGCUUGUGUUACUCAUUGGGGGGAUCCCAAUUGCCAUGCCCACAGUGUUGUCUGUGACUAUGGCUAUUGGGUCUCACAGGCUGUCGCAGCAAGGUGCCAUCACUAAGAGGAUGACUUCCAUCGAAGAAAUGGCAGGUAUGGAUGUGCUGUGCAGUGACAAGACCGGCACCCUCACCCUCAACAAGCUCACAGUCGACAAGAACCUCAUCAAUGUCUUCAUUAAGGACGCCAGUAAAGAGGUUGUCUUGUUGCUCGCUGCUAGGGCAUCUAGAGUUGAGAACCAGGAUGCCAUUGAUGCUUGCAUCGUCAACAUGUUGAGCGAUCCCAAGGAGGCAAGAGAAGGCAUUCAAGAAGUUCAUUUUCUGCCUUUCAACCCGGUCGAUAAGCGCACUGCAAUUACAUAUAUUGAUAGUCAAGGUAACUGGCACAGGGCUAGCAAGGGUGCUCCUGAGCAGAUAAUUGAACUCUGUGAUCUUAAAGGAGAUGCUCUGAAGAGGGCCCAUGGAGUCAUUGACAACUAUGCCAACCGUGGCCUUCGUUCUUUAGCCGUAGCAAGACAGACUGUGCCGGAGAAGAACAAGGAGAGUGCUGGAUCACAAUGGGAAUUCGUUGGUCUGUUGCCUCUUUUUGAUCCUCCAAGACAUGACAGUGCCGAGACGAUAAAGAGGGCUCUUGAACUUGGUGUCAAUGUGAAAAUGAUCACUGGUGAUCAGCUUGCCAUUGGUAAAGAAACAGGGCGAAGGCUCGGUAUGGGCACCAAUAUGUAUCCCUCGUCCUCGCUUCUCGGGCAGAGUAAUGAUCCAUCCAUUGCUUCAAUCCCUAUUGAUGAGCUCAUUGAAAAGGCUGACGGCUUUGCUGGAGUCUUCCCUGAGCACAAAUAUGAGAUUGUGAGGAAGUUGCAAGAGAUGAAACAUAUUUGUGGGAUGACUGGUGACGGCGUAAAUGAUGCCCCUGCAUUGAAAAAGGCUGACAUUGGAAUUGCAGUGGCGGAUGCUACAGACGCCGCAAGAAGUGCAUCAGACAUUGUGCUGACUCAGCCAGGCCUAAGUGUCAUUGUAAGCGCCGUCUUGACCAGCCGAGCCAUCUUCCAGAGGAUGAAAAACUACACCAUCUAUGCAGUUUCCAUCACGAUACGUAUUGUCAUGGGUUUCACACUCCUUGCCCUUAUAUGGAAAUUUGAUUUCUCGCCAUUCAUGGUCCUCAUCAUCGCCAUUCUCAAUGAUGGAACCAUCAUGACUAUCUCCAAGGAUAGAGUAAAGCCUUCACGCAUGCCUGACUCCUGGAAGCUCAACGAGAUCUUUGCAACCGGUGUCACCCUUGGGACAUACCAGGCUCUCAUGACUGUUAUCUUCUUCUACCUUGCAUCUGAUACUGAUUUCUUCACCGACACUUUCAAGCUAAAAUCCAUCAAAGAUUCGCCAUAUGAGUUGACAGCCGCUGUGUAUCUUCAAGUUAGCAUAAUCAGUCAAGCACUCAUCUUUGUCACGAGAUCACAUAGCUGGUCAUUUGUUGAGCGCCCUGGAGUACUGCUUGUUGCUGCCUUUUUUGCAGCACAGUUUGGGAUCGGCUGGGAAUGGGCGGGCGCCAUCUGGAUUUACAGCAUAAUCACAUACUUCCCUCUUGACAUCCUCAAGUUCAUGAUUCGAUUAGCAUUGAGUGGAAAGGCCUGGAAAUCCAUGAUGGACAACAAGACCGCUUUCACCUCAAAGAAGGACUACGGAAGGGGUGAGAGGGAGGCAAAAUGGGCAGUGGACCAGCGCUCGCUUCAUGGUUUGAGUACUGCCCAGGCCCCUAACCAAUGCAACGAGGAAAGCUAUAGAGAAUUGUCUGAGAUCGCAGACCAAGCCAGGAAACGUGCCGAGGCUGCCAGGCUCAUGGAGCUUCACACGUUGAAGGGGCAUGUGGAAUCGGUGGCCAGGAUGAAGGGUUUAGAUAUCGACACUCUCCAGCAACAUUACACUGUCUAAAAUAGAGCAGCAAGAACAUACUAACAAAACACACUCACUAUCCAAAAAAAGAGGAAACAUCUUCAACUAGCCUUUUUCACAUUUUAGCAGGAUAUGGGAUGAGAUUUGACGAUAUAUUGGACGAUUAAGAAAAGAUCUAACCGAGA